CCGUUUUUGUCACACCUCCUGAAUUGUCUCAGAAACAUACACUCAUCGAAUGUUUAUAUUUACGCCCUCGGUUGUGGAACUAUAGAGCACUCGUCUAUGGUUCUGUCUAAAUCUUGUGUAUUUCAAUGGGUGGUAUGUCGAAUCCUCUUAAAUUUCUUAAAUGUCAAGAAGGUCUUCAUUUUCGACCCUCAAAUGUCCGCUAACGACUAUCAAGUCUGGGAUUUACUCGUGAAUCACAAUUUCGAACUUGAAAAAACUGAAUUUUUCAAAGAAUUUCACCAAAACGACUGUUUGAGUUAUGAAAUUUCAUCGUCAGACUCACUUGAUUUGGAUAGUGAAAAGUCACAUGUGCUCCUGUGGAUGCCUCACUGUGAGAAGUUCUUAUACUCUGCAGUUUUGGACGGGAUUCUAACGAACCAGUCGCCGUUACAAGUUUCGAAAUCGUUGUCUAAAGCAUUUGGAAAGGAGCUGGAGUCUAGGAGUUCCGACGACUCUUUUGCCUUUUCACAGCUUUCCUCCUACUCUGAUACUUCGUUUUAUUCUGAUGAUAAAUCACUGAGUGACGAGUUCUCUGAACUCGAGGAUUUCAGCCUAGAACACACUACUCUGGUUGGAAAUAGCUUGUCUGACUACUCCUUUGAGGAUUUCAGGUAUAAAUCAGAGUUCAACUCGUUUGAAACUCAGCUUUUACCCUUUGAAACUCACCACCAGUCGUUCAAUGACACGUUUGUAACUACCUUUUCAAGGAUUAGACCUUGA